CAUACUGUAUGUCAGAGUCAGAUGGUAGAUACCUAAUUUUCAGGAACUCCUUCAAAAAUGGUGCAAUGCUCUCUCCAACUCAGUUCGACGAGGCGCUGACUUGGUGCCAAUUCAAACCUUAGCCUGCCUUCAUUUGCUCGGCCAUGUGAAGGCUGUUUUUAUAAUCAAGCUAGUAACCUUCACUUCCAUUAAAAAAAGAAUUUGCUUUGGUGUUAAUCUUAGAAGACUUUUUCUACGAGUCAUGAUUUAGCACCAAAUAUUAAACCUAAGAGGAAAUUGUCUUAUAGAUUGCGAGUCGUCUCUCUCUAGAUUUCUCAAAAAUACAGUCAUGGAUACCUAUUUGAUUCAGUUCCAAAAUGCCCAGAUGAAGGCGAUUCUGAGGCCUAGUUCUAGGGUUCCGUUUGAAACCUUCAUUUCCGAUCACAUGUCCAGCUCCGAUAAAAUAAAUUCGGAGGCUGAGUCAAUUUUCAACAUGAUGAAGCAAAAGGAUCCAGAGUCCCUUGCUCUUAAGCUUGUUGACUAUCUUAGCCACCCUUCCCACAACCUUGAUACCCGUCAAGAGUGUGCUAAACUCCUUCACAAGUUGAUUACUGAUGAUGAUGACUUGUGCACUUGGCACAAUCUAAGUGUCUCCGCUCAAUCCACAAUCAAGUCUAUGAUCCUUGAUUGCAUGAAGGUAGAAGAUUCAAAUUAUAUCAUCAAAAAGCUUCGUAAAACUGUUUCAAAGCUGGCUGCUUCAUUUCUCCCUGAUAACACCUGGCCUGAAUUGUUGCCAUCCCUGUACCAAUGGGUCAUUGGUUCCGGUUCAAAUUGCGUGUCAGUUUUCUUAAUAUUUGCCAAACUCGCUGACGACAAAACAAUAGUCCCUUGCAUAAAACAAUUGUUGUCACUAUUCCUUAGUACACUGAGUGACACUACCCUAGAUCUCGAUAUGAAGAUGGCAGCCGUGAGAGGAGUGUUCAGGAUAAUAAGGACGUUGACUGAAAAGGAGCAGUUUCAAGAUCAAUUGCCAGGUAUAAUGAGGAUGUUGACUGAGGCAUUGACCAUCCAUAUUGAGGCAGCAAAGCAUGCGUUAGAGUGUGCUGAACUCUUGCUUAUUGAUGAUGAGUAUCUGGAAAAUAGGUCCAGUCAAUUGUUGGUUGAGUUUUUUACUCAGUUCCAAAAGGAACGGACGAUUGGGGAAAUUCUCGGGCCUGAUUUAGAGCCAUUUCAAACCUUUAUUUUCAAUUACAUGUCGGUAAAAGAUCCAGAAACUCAGUCGAUGUUUUACAUGAUGAAGCAAAUGCAUCCAGACUCCCUUGUUAUUAAGCUUGCUAGCUAUCUUGGCCGCCCUUGCCAUCGCCUUCGUACUCGUCAUGUGUGUGCUCUCCUCCUAAAGAAGUUGCUUACAGAUAAGGACGACUUUUGCACUUGGCAAAAACUGAGUGUCUCCACUCGAUCCACCAUCAAGUGUAUGAUCCUCGCUCGUAUUGAGCAAGAAGAAUCAAAUUUCAUCAUCCAUAAGCUCAUUGACACCGUUUCACUUCUCCUAGAUAACACCUGGCCUGAAAUAUUGCCAUGCCUGUACCAACACGUCAUUAAUUCUAGUUCAAGCAACCACUUGAGAGCGGAAGCUUUCUUAAUAUUUGGCGAACUAGCUGAGCACAUAGGCGAAACAACAGUCCCUUGCAUAAAAGAUUUGCACCGACUAUUCCUUAAUACACUGAAUGAUGAUACCCUUUGUCUCGACGUGAGGAUCUCCGCCACGAGAGCUGUGAUCACCUUCAUUCAGUGUGUAUCGAGUUCAAAUGGAAAGGAGCGAUUUCAAGAUCUAUUGCCAGGUGUUAUGAGGAUCUUGACUGACACAUUGAGCAACAGUAAGGAUCAGGAGGAUGCAGCAGAUUACAUGCUGGAUCUUUUCAUAAAGUUAGCUCAGAAUGAGCCUAAAUUCUUUAGGCGACAGCUAGUGAUUGUUGCGGGUUCAAUGAUGGAGAUAGCAGAGGAUGAGAAACUGAAAGAGGGGACAAGGCAACGGGCCGUUGAAUUUUUGAUAACUUUGGUUGAGGAAAGGGAGAGGACACCUGGGAUGAUGAGGAAGUUGCCCUCAUUUAUUAGCAGAUGUUUUACAAUGUUACUGAAUUUAUUACUAGAUAUUGAGGAUGACCCCGCUUGGCAUAGUGCAGAGACCGGCUCUGAUAAUACAGGGGCAACAAGUAAUUUCAAAGUUGGUGCGGAAUGUUUAGGUCGGUUUUCUGUUGCAUUAGGAGGUAAGUCUAUUGCUCAUACUGCUAAAGAGCAGCUGUCUGCUUACUUGGUUGCCCCAGAGUGGGAGAAGCGCCAUGCAGCUCUCGUUACACUUGCUCAUAUUGCUAAAGGUUGCUCAAAGCUGGUGAUGUUUAAGAAUCUGGAGCAACCAGUGAAUAUGGCUCUAAUUUGUCUCCAAGAUCCUCAUCCUCGAGUCAGACUGGCUGCUUGCAGGGCAAUUCACCACUUGUCGACUGUCUACUGUCCAGAUUAUCAAAAACAAUACCAUAACCAAGUGGUUCCUGCAUUAGCUGCAACUUUGGAUGAUCUUCAUCCACGAGUGCAGGAAUCUGCCUCGGAAGCUCUCUGGACAUUCUUUGCGUGCUACAAGGAAGAAACUUUGAUACCUUACCUAGAUGGAUUAGUUAACAAACUGCUUGUACUUGUACAGAGUGGUAAACUAAUGGUCCAAAAAACAGCAUUGAUGGCGUUGUCUCGUCUUUCUCUAUCUGUUAAGGGGCACUUCCGGACCUACUAUGACACUGUUAUGCCACACUUGAAAGCUAUCCUGCGAAACACAGAUCUUAAGUCUAAUCACAGACUUCAUGGCAUAGCGUUGCAGUGCAUAAGCUUUGUUGGGUCUGCUGGUGGCAAGGACAAAUUUAGAGAAGACGCAGCGCAGGUUAUGGAAGGUCUUAUAUCAUUACAAGGAUUACACUCGAAGGGGGAUGAUCCUAUUUCUUCGAACUUGCUAAGGACAUGUGGUAACAUUUGCAUUUGUCUGGGACGGGAUUUUCUUCCUUACAUGAAUGAAGUGAUGCCCUUUUUUAUUAUUCGAUGUGCUCAACUUGAACCUGUUUCAACCUGUUUAAUCAUCUGCUGCUAUGCUGACAAAUUAGAGGAAGACUUCUACCCCUGGGUUCCCCAGGUUGUUUCGAUCGUUUUUCCACUUCUGAAAUUCCAUACUCACAAUGUCAGGAAAACAGCUGUUGAAGCCAUGUAUAACCUGUUGUAUUCUGCUAAACUGGCUGUUGAGAAAGGGAUUGCGCAAGGUGGAAUUGGGUCCUAUUUCAUAAAGUUGUCAGACGAUAUAAUACUGUCUUUGUUAGAAGCUUUGCAUGAGGAGCCUAUGAUAGAAGUAUGUCCAUUCAUAUUGGAUAGAUUGAAUGGUUGCCUGCAGAUAUGUGGACCACUUGUCAAUGAAGGUCAGCUUCACAGAAUAGUGGAUGAGGUAAAGCAUGUCAUUACAGAAAGUUCAAACAGAAAAGGAAAACUCAAAGAGAGAGCAAAAUCAGAAGACUUUGAUGCUGAGGAAGAUGAAUUGCUGAGGGGGGAAAAAGAGCAAGAAGAUAAUAUUUUUGUCCAGCUCCGUCGAAUAUUAAAAACAUUGAUCAAAACCUUCAAGGCAGCAUUCUUGCCUUUCUUUGACGAGCUGUCAUCAUAUCUUAUUCCUAUGUGGGGCAAAGAAAAUACAGCUCAAGAGAGAUGUACAGCAAUUGAUAUCUUUGCUCGCCUUGUAAGGGAAUGCCCUGAAGUGACUCUAAAGUACUGUGAUGUAUUUCUACCUUUGUUUGUGGAUGCAAGCAAUGAUGAACACCCAACAGUUAGACAGUGUGCUCUUUAUGGACUUGCGCUUUAUGCGGAAUAUGGUGGUACCGUUUUCAAACCUUAUGUUACAGAGGCUAUUUCAAGGAUCAAUGUAGUGAUAAUGCAUUUUCGAGCUCGUGAGCCUGAGAAUGAAAAUGUUUAUUAUUCUGCUGUUUAUGCACUUGGUACGAUAUGUCAGUUUCAUCGAGAAAGCAUUGGCUCGGCGCAGGAGAAAAUGAGAAGUGGAGAGCUUCUGAAUGUCGAACCACUUGACCUCGAAUAUCCUCAACUGAUCAGUCGCUCGUUUCAUUUGUCAAAUAAGACUGAAAACCAUGUCGCUUUCAGGGUCAAAACGAUGAAUGCCAAAAAGUAUUGCGUUCGUCCCAACAAAGGGAUUGUGUUGCCUGGAUCAACUUGUGAUCUUAUUGUAACAAUGCAAGCGCAGAAGGAGGCCCCUUCUGACAUGCAAUGCAAGGACAGAUUUUUACUUCAAAGCAUAGUUGCAAAUCCUGGCACCACUCCCGGAGAUUUUACCCAGGAAAUGUUCAAGAAGGAGGUAGGACGUGUUGUUGAUGAAUGCAGGUUGAGAGUGAUUUAUAUUCCCCCGCCUCAGCCACCAUUCCCUGUCGCAGAAUCCUCAAGGCAGUUCAUGAAAGAUAUCGGCCAUCUAGAUGGUUCUAAGAUUGUUCCGAUUUGGUUGUAUUGCCUGCCGAUAAAGGGUGACUUGGAUGAAGCCAAAUAUGUUCAUGACCUACUAUGUUCAAUGGUUGAAAGGGUCUCGAGUCGAAACUAUGGGUUCAGGUUGGACAGAGAACUUAUUGGUCCCUACUAUCAGGGCCUUCCAAAGAUUAUUUCAGUUUUUGCAGAGGUUCUAUGUUCUGAGAAGGCUCUUGCUACAGAAAAAACUGCACACCGCAUGAUUAACGUAUUGAGGCAUCUUCAGCAAGCACUACCACCAGCCAUGUGGGAAUCAGCAUGGUCGUAUCUUUUGCCUCGGCAGGUGAUGGAAUUGAAAUCCAUUCUAUCACCCUAGAAAGAUGCUAACUUUUAACCAAUUCAAUGAUACCACUAAUCUUUUGUUGGAUCAAACUUUUUGCUGGUCAAUGUCCCUCAAAUGUAAUAUCUCCAUGAUUCUUGUUCCUAGUACUUCGCUAGGUAAUUACAGCUUAGUUGAAUUACCUGCAUGUAUAAGCUGAUUUGAUUGAAGCCAAUAUAUGUUCAUGAACAGUUGUGUUAAAUGAUCUCAAGUAAUUCAACUCU